AUGGAGGGCGCCUCGUUCGGCGCGGGCCGCGCGGGGGUCGCCCUGGACCCCGUGAGCUUCGCGCGGCGCCCCCAGACCCUGCUGCGGGUCGCGUCCUGGGUGUUCUCCAUCGCCGUGUUUGGGCCCAUAGUCAACGAGGGCUACGUGAACGCCGACAGCGGCCCGGAGCUCCGCUGUGUCUUCAACGGGAACGCGGGCGCCUGUCGGUUCGGCGUGGCGCUGGGCCUCGGGGCCUUCCUGGCCUGCGCCGCCUUCCUGCUGCUCGACGCCCGCUUCCAGCAGAUCAGCAGCGUCCGCGACCGCCGCCGCGCGGUGCUGCUGGACCUGGGCUUCUCAGGGCUCUGGUCCUUCCUGUGGUUUGUGGGCUUCUGCUUCCUCACCAACCAGUGGCAGCGCACGGCUCCCGGGCCCGGCACCGCGCAGGCGGGGGACGCCGCGCGCGCCGCCAUCGCCUUCAGCUUCUUCUCCAUCCUCAGCUGGGUGGCGCUGACCGUGAAGGCCCUGCAGCGGUUCCGCCUGGGCACCGACAUGUCGCUCUUCGCCACCGAUCAGCUGGGCGCCGGGGCGGCCCAGGCCUACCCUGGCUACCCGGUGGGCAGCGGUGUGGAGGGCACCGAGACCUACCAGAGCCCACCCUUCACCGAGACCCUGGAUACCAGCCCCAAAGGGUACCAGGUGCCUGCCUACUAGUGGUUGGCAGGCUGGGGCCAGGGCUGAACGGCCACCCCACCAUCGCAGGCCUCAAGGCCUCUGUCCGGUCCUCCCUGCCAGCGUCAGGGACAGAGAAAGUGGCCAUUGUGGGCUUCUGGGGCCUAAGACAGGGCAGCCUCCCCAAGGUGCCCGGGCCCUUCAAGUUCAGUCAGCCCCAGGCCUGAGGCCCUGACAGGACAGCUUGGCCUCCAGCGGACUGGCCCGGGAGAGGUCAGCUAUCCUGGGACUCGCUUGUCCACUCACGAGCAGAAGUCCGGCCGCACCCCUGUGGCUGGGCGCAGGGGCUGCCUGGGACUAGAAUGGGGACUAACCCCACCCAGCAAUCGCUCCCUAUCACGUGUCUGUGGGCCGUGGCUGUCCUUGAUCCUGUCAUGUGGUCCUUCCAUUUCUUCUUAAAGGUUUGCCAGUCCAUUUCUUCUUAAAGGUUUGCCAGAGCAGCUGGGCCUGUCAGUGUUGUGAUUGUGGUCAAAUCUCCAGGUCUCAUCUCCUAGUGCUCUGCAAGCUGCCUCUCUCUCUCUCUCUCUCUCUCCCUCUCCCUCCUCUCUCUCUCUCUCUCUCUCUCCUCUCUCUCUUGCCCAGGUGUGGGUAGUUCUGACCAGGAAGGCACAGACAGGCCUGAGCACCAGCCCUUCAGUAAGACCUUGCCCAGGGGAGGAGGGGGGGGACACGUGAGUACUGGAAGCCAAGCCUCAGAGGCCUCUCACAGGAGAGGCCUAGGCCCAUUCCAGCUAUCCAUGGUGCCCCUGGAGACCACCAUUCCUACAAACUGCUUUAUCUUUGCUUUGUGGACUAGUCCUUCCCUCCCUCCCUCCCCAGUACUGUUUUAAGGCCCAGCCCCUGGUGGGGGUCCUUGUAAGUAGUUGAAUACUCAUGCAUUGCUUGAAGCUGGCUUUUCACAUUAAGUCGAAAGCAAACACAUUGCCAUAUUUCAUUCUUGCAGACAAGAUGCCUCCCUCUGGAGUUGCAGUGGAGUGACAGCCCUGUACAUUGUAGCAUAGGUCAAUAUGUGGAUAUUUAAGUGGACAUGUUUACAAUUUUUGUAUGUGUAGAUCACCCCUCCCUCUUCUGAAAAAAACAAAUCUGUGAUUGUUUCUCUGGUGUCCUGUUAUGACUGCAGCUUCUUUACAAUAAAGACUGUGUGUUGACCAUA